GUUUUAUUCCUGGAUCGAUGUAAUCUGUUAUUGGUCAUGGAAAUUGGGCUUUUGAAGCAGGGGAGAUGUGAGAUAGCAACGCGGUCCACCAUCGAUCCAAUCACUGUUCCCAGUAAGCCGGGCUCGCUGCGUCUCCUGCCGGCUGCAGCAGCCGGCUGCGAGCGCUCUCUCCCCCUCUCCCUCUCUCUUUUAUCCCAAGCACUCAGGAUGAGGAGGAGCUCGUUCAGGAUAUCUGUGCAACCGCCCAGGACUCGUUUCCCUCUCCCGGAUCGUUGCUAGUUCGAGGUGAUUAUUCCAUAAAGCACCAACUUUCCUUUGAACUGUACAGGGGCGAAAAUGCGCAGGAAAGGGUGUAACCUCGAACUGUUCCUGGUUUUGCUGGGAUUGGAGUUUCACAUCUCAGUCUCUUGCCCCCGACACUGUGUUUGCUAUCCGUCCCCCAUGACUGUCACCUGCCAAUCGCAUGGGUUCACCUCCAUCCCAGAAGGAAUACCUGCCAACAGCGAGAGAAUAUUCCUCCAAAAUAACAGGAUAACACUCCUACUGAGGAACACCUUCAGCCCAUCUACGGUCACCCUUUGGUUGUAUUCCAACAACAUCACCUUCAUUGAUCCAGAGGCUUUCCAGGGAUUCAGCCUCUUGGAGGAGCUUGACCUUGGAGACAAUCGAUACCUGAGGUUCCUGGAUGCCGAGACCUUCAAUGGUUUAGAGAAGCUUCAUUCUUUGCAUCUCUAUCGCUGUGGCUUGACCUUCUUGCCCAAUGGAAUCUUUGAAGGUCUGCACAAUUUGCAAUACCUUUACCUACAAGAUAACCACAUCGAGUAUCUUCAGGAUGACCUGUUUUUAGAGCUGGUCAACCUUACUCAACUAUUUCUGCAUGGGAAUAAGUUAUUGAGUUUGUCCCAAAACACUUUCAGAGGGCUAGUCAACCUCGAUCGCCUCCUGCUCCACCAGAACAGGCUUCAUUGGGUUAAUAAGCAAGCUUUCCACGAUCUUCGCCGGCUUACCAUUUUGUAUUUGUUCAAUAAUAGCCUGAGUUUACUUCCAGGCGAAUGUUUGGCAGAGCUUGGCUCACUGCAGUACCUCAGGCUGAACGGAAAUCCUUGGGAAUGUAGCUGUAAAGCUCGAUCCUUGUGGGAAUGGCUCCAAAGGUUCAGAGGAUCGAGCUCCAACGUUAUCUGCGAGUCCCCCAGGGAUGUACAAGGGAAAGACCUCAAGGUCCUCUCUGCCAGGCUCUUCAAGAACUGCACGAACCCGGAUUCGCUCAACCAGAUCCGAACGAGCCCCAAGCAGCAUCCCCAUCACUCAGGCAAGGACAGGCCAGGAGGGGGUCAGCCCUCGCGGGGCACGGCCCUGACCAAGGGCCAGAAUGGCACGGGCCAGCGGGAUGACUCGGCCAAGAACUACCUGGGAGAGGCCGUGCCGAAGGAGUCUGCCGAUGAGCACCUGGACGGGGUGUGGGGCAGUGACUACCUGCCAGAUGCCAGCCAGAAGGAGCAGAGCCUCCGCCCCUAUCCGACCAGGCACAAGUCACGGAUUAAAUGCACCCGCCGCACACGCCUGGAGCUUCCGCCCGGGAUCCAGCAGCCCUCUGGUAGGGGACUGAGGCUCAGUUCCAGCCCGGGGUGGCUUACCCUCCUCCUGGCUUUAGUCCUUGUUGUCCGCUGAGAUCCCACCUACUCCUCCCCCCUCCCCCAGUAAUGAGAAGGGCAAAAACAUUCUAACACUGCCAUCAAUCCAUAGGGACCAAAAAAAAUUAAAAAAACAAAAAAAAGUGACGAUUUUUGAAACUACAAUACUUUUACUGUGUGCUUAGGCAGAACCGUGGAUUUGUUGGAUGGAAUUCUGUUUCGGACCACUGGAAAUCCUCGGAAUAAGACACCCCCGGUACAAAUGAAUGGGCAACAGGGGAGCACACAGCUCAAUAAUCCCCACUAUACCCCUGAGCAGAAAACAAUUGUCUGGAAGAGACCGCUUGGAAGUUAUAUUUCAAUUAAAACAUAAACCUCUCCAGUGCUCCUUUGACAUUCCUUGCUGAGUAGCGACCUGGGGAAACAAUUCAAACUCCCGAUUGCACUGCUCCGGAUCGCGAGGGCAGGUGAUGGGAACCAAGCCAAUGGUGGCUCUCCUAGUUUUCUGCUUAAGACAUGAGCAACUCCACAAACCCUAAAAUGAGAAAACAAGUGGUGUCACCAACCUCCUAACGAGGUUACAUUGCUCCCAGCUGAAUAAUAUGCAUUGUAUAAUCGCUAAGGAUGAUUCUGGUCUGAAAAGCAGAGCUUGAUUCAUCCAGGUACCAAAAACUGGAGGCCAGAUAAUUGUAGGAAAAAAUUCCCAAUGGAAUAUUUUUUUUAAGUGUCGACCUAUCAUUUGCUCAAUGCACAGCCCUUAUAUAAUUGAGAUAUAUUAAUUUCUGGAAGUAUAUGUUUACAGAUUAUAUUGUUACCCUGUUACAGUUCAUGCUAAAGUAUUUCUUUCUGUCUCGGAGAAUUAGUGGAUGGUUUUUACAGGAGCUUUGGUUUCUGAAGCGAGUGUCUGCGCUGUUCUGGUUAACUUGCUGCCUUCCCGCUUUACCUCCUCCUUGGGUUUGUAUGCUGGCUGCCCGAAGCCAACACUGAACAACGUAACCUCCAAGGCUACGGACCAAGAGCUGGAAAGUGGAAUAGGCUGGGUUAGCAGGGACACAAUGGGCCAAAUGGUCUCCGUCUGUGCUGUAAAUUUCCAUGAUCUUAUGGAAACAACCCUUAUGUUCUGGAUGUGGUUCAAUUUGAUGAGGAAACUAAAUCUUCUCUACCUGAUUUAUUUUUUCUGUAUUAAAUAUUAAAUUUGUUGUACCUGAAUUUACAGAAUUGCUUUAAAUAUAUAUUAUAUAUAUAUAUGCACACACAUAUGUAUAUAUAUAUGUAAAGAAAAGCUGGUUUUUGGAAGAAAUCAAGGUAACAAGUGCAGUAUCCCUUUUUGUAAACGUGCUUCUUUCAAACAGUGAAGUUGCGGCAGGACCAGACAGCUGCUGAGGGGAGGUCUAGGUUCGGACUCAGAGCUCAGGGUGUGAAUGUCAACGAGUUGGGGGGCAGGUUGGCAAACCAGGGAUAGAACUUCACCUGCCUGAAGCUAUGUCUAAAUCAUCACCCUCCAGCUCAGACCCUUCACUCAAGAUAUGCGGAUCCACCUCUGACUCCAGCAACCCCAUUUCUGGAAUCCAUCCAUUGAAGUUGGCUCAUUUAAAAUGGCAAAUGUGAACCUUGUGAACAGCACUUGGCUGAAGGCAAUCCCCGUGGGUAGUGGGAGCUGGUUGGUGCCAAGGGAUAGACAUUGUGGGUUUGCAGUUCAGAGAAGCUGAUACCACUGGAGCCUCCUCUCUUUCUCUCCCCCUCGUCACAAGCUGCAGCGCUCAUUUUGAAAUGGGUUAGCCAUUCAACCAUGGGGAUAGCAAAAUGCAUGAGAUACCUACCCCUGAUUUGAGACAAACCAGUGUUCCCACCAGACAGACCAAGAUGACCUUGGAUAAGUCUGCAUGGGGGCAUGCUCAGAGCUGAGGAUGAUGCAUCAGUGGGGAUGCACAUACACCGGUUUUACUAAUUCACCACAAGCUAAGCCCAAGCUGACUACACUGAGAAGUGGCUAAUUGCUCUGGUCACCGUUACGUUAACAUGAGUACAUAGAACGCAGAGCAUAGUAACAAGCCUUUCUGCUUAGCAGCUCCCUGUCAGUGUUUGUGCUCCUUGCAAGCCUCCCCCCACCUCACCUCAUCACCCCCUCUCAAUAUAAUCUCUUCUCCCUCACGGUAAUCUGCACACUUAUGAUAUUGUCCCCUGUAGCGAUGCUCCUUUAGUUCAGAAGAGCAGGAAUUGGGAGAUUCCACUCUCCAACGUUAACACUUCUGCUAAUUAAACAUCUUCAACUUAAAAAACACUGAGAUGAGGUAUAAUAAGAUACAACACCCAAACACAGCAAUGUUUUGUUCACUUGCAAAAUGGAAAGUAUUUUAAACAUUGAUGAGCAAUGUCUACUCCAAAUAAAAGCAGCCAAAGGCUGUUAUUAUCCAUUUACCACAUCCUUUACUGUAACACCCUACCAGUGAAAAGGCCCAAUUUACCACAUAAUGAACAAGCAAUUUGUACAACACUCAACAAAUAAAACAGUGGUGAAAAUGACAACUUACCUAAUUUUAUUUACUGCUUAUGGGGUUGCUUUUCUUUAAAUAUAUAAAGAAAGUGCUGUAAAAUGUUAUUGAGCAAAGUGGAUUUUCAGGCCUCCAGACCACUGGGACUGCUUACAGAUGUCCCAAUAUCAGUAGUUCUUUCAUUUUCCAACACAAGUUAUUUCAUGGCAGUUAACUUUUACAGCAGAAGUAUUUUAUUUAGGCAGAUUAAAUUUUAGCAGCUUAGUAGAUCAAACUCCCGCCCCUCCAAUACAGUAAUAAUGUGUGGAGACUGGGAAGGGUGCCAAGACUUAUCCUGAUCUUAUCUGAGCUACCCCCUGCCACAACACGCCUCGGAGUAGGGAGGAGACAACUAAUGCCAGAGUUCCUGAUCCUGACUGCAAUCCAUUGAGCUCCAUUGAAAGUGAUUGUGUGUGUCCUUGGUGGGUGGCAGGACAGGAGGAAGUUUGGAUAUAAUGCCACCUCAUUGAAUUACUCUUGCCUCUCAACUCAUUCCAAUUUCGUUUUAUUCUGUGUUUGAGGGAUAUUGAAGUCACUAGCUUUUUAAUUUCAACACAUACUUUAUUCAACAUUUUCGUCACAUCAUUACUUAAUGUUAGCACGUCAUCAGUUACCAUUUAUAGACAACCCUUGAGCAAAUAGUUCAUGGAGGUGUAACACACGUUCCAACUAAUCAGUGUGCAACAGUGAUAGGGCCCUAAACUGUGGCCCUUCUCCAUGGAGCACUCAGCCUCAGCAGGAUGUCCUGAAUCUUUGCACGUGCUGGUUUGCAGGAAUUAAUCAUGGACAACACCUUGCUCUGGAACACCAGUGAGUUUUGGGCAGAGCAGAAGGUGCCUUUCACUGCGGUGAUAGUUUCCCGUGAGAUAUUUGUCUCAGUGUGUCCCUGGAUACAGGAACAGGAUGAGCCUCAACAGAUACCCCUGCAUCUCUUGCCAGACCUUCCUGGACAAGAUGCAUUCUGUAAGGAGGUGGGCAAUGGUCUCACUUCCAAUAUUGUCAUCGGCAUGGCCGGUACACUGACUUGCACCGGAACGAUCUGACAGAGUGGGCCUUUCUCACGGUCAACCAACCAAGGCCCCGGUGCUUAUUUGGAAAUUUUGGUGAUGAGGUGUUCUGCCAAUUCACUUUGUCAGUGCCAUUAAGCAGCCCAGCAUUUACAGUUUAUCCCAGAUUACCCAGAGCCUCGCCCAGUCACCUCAGAGGACAAUCAGAAGUCAACUACAUUAAUAUGGGUCUGGGUCACAUCGACACCAUACCAGGUAAGGACAGGGUUUCUUUCCUUGAAGUCAACCAGAUGGGUUUUUACAACAAUAAAGUAGUUUACACAAAUGUCAAUAUUAAUAAGGACUUUUAUUCCAGAUUUAUUUGAAAUUACAUGAAAUUAAGUUCCUCAGAUGCAGUGGUGAGAUUUGAACUCACGCCUUCUGAUCAAUAGUCCAUGCCUCUGGUUACUGAACCAUAUGCCACUUACACUAAAAUGCCCAGAAGUGGGCCUUUCGGGAAAAGGUGAAGCAUACACAUGGGAAUGGACCCCUGGAUGAAUCUAACCUUCAGGAGAGGAGGGUAGUGGGUUAAAAGAAAUGGGAGAGAGGAAGAGAGAGUGACUGGUUCUUCUAGCCUACUAUGUACCUUGUGCCUGUUUCUAUACAGAAAUAAAAGGGAUACUGCAACUUUGAUUGCUUUGUCAGUGAUCUUUACUGCAGGGUUAAGCAAUGACCACAUACAACAAGUAGCCUCCAAGCCAAGCAGCUUCCAUACUGCCUGGAAGUGCACUGGUCACACCCAGAGGUUGUCGACAUUAACCUUCAGGGACAAGCAAACCUUAAGCUGGAGGAGGGGAAAGGUUAAAUCAGGAUUCAAGCCUUAAACCAGAGACAUUGAAACACUGCUAAAUGUUGCUUCUUAUCUGAAACAAAACAAAAAGGAAGCCAAUUAAUGCAAAGUAUCCUACUUAAUUUCCACGCAAGUUUCCUGUGUGCAGCUAUUGGUUCAAAUCUCACAGGCCAGGAAUAAGGCAGAGAGAUAUGUCACUAAGGAAUAGGCAGCAAGUAGGGUCAACCCUAUCAGAGUGAAUUGGACCUGUGUGUUUAUUUUUCUUCAGCCCAGAAUACAAAAAAAACUCUUAGUCCAUGUUGCACAUUUCCAUAAAGGAAUCUGCCAGAGCCCAACAUUUAAAGUUCCAUCCAUCACCACCCCCACCACUUUCAUCUCCCUCUCUCCCUCCUUCUCCUACAGCCACUUCCAAUUUUUCUGAUACUUCAGCCAAACAGCCAACCUCUCGACGGAGUGAGUGGUCAGUGGAUUUCCUACCGUAAGGGGAGGGAAGUAAUGGAGCCACUAUAGCAGGUGCAAUCCCCUAAACCUGGGCCACUGGAUGAGAAGGAAGGGCAGGGAACCUGUCAGCAGCUUCCAUCUUUCUAAGGCAUGUUCUUUUAUUUAUCCACCUGAUGUGGGCAUUGCUGGCGUUUAUCGCUCAUCCAUAAUUGCCUUUGAGAAAGUGGUGUUGGUGCAGCUCAGGAGAGUCACAAGAAGACGAGGGAACAGGAGCAGGAGGAGGCCACUUGGCCCCUCAAGCCUGCCCCACCAUUCAAUGCGAUCAUGGCCAAUCUACACUGGCCUCAACUCCUCUUCUAGGCCAGUUCCCUGUAACCCUCAAUUCCUUAAUCUCUCAAAUAUUUAUCUGUCUUCACCUUAAAUAUAUCGAAAGGUCCAGCCUCCACCGUCCCUGGGGAAGAGAAUUCCAGAGAUUCACUGGCCUCUGAGGGAAGAAAUUUAUAAUUUCUUCCCUCAGAGAGUUGGCCAAAUUGCUAUGGGUUUAGAGACCAGACUAAGGACCACAACUUCCUUCCUUAAAGGGACAUAUUAAGGCUUGUAUGACAAUCUGCUUGCCAUUACUGAGACUUGCCCUUUAUACCCAAAGUAUUUAACUGAAUUUAAAUAACCCAACAUCCCAAUGAGACUUGAACUCAUGUGUCUGAAUCACUAGUCCAGCGUUCUGGAUAAAUAGUCCAGUAAGAAAACCACCCUGCCACUGUUCCUGUAAACUCCUAAAUAUCUUAGAAGGGUUCAAACAGUUUUCUUCCUCUUGUUCAUCUAAUUCUGGGACAGGGCAAGCUAGUUUUCUCUAUAUUACUACCUAUGCCCAGCUCUAAAAGCCAAAGUUGGGGAGGGAUAACCCCGGCAGGGUGAGUGGAACUGGUGUCGUUUUUUUAAUUCACCCCACUAGGGUCCAACUGGGACUGGGACAAACUUAUCCAUUCAGGAGGUGGGGGUGAGACCUCCAACAAGCUGGAGGUGCCACUGACUGGUUUGGAGUCUAGCAUGUUUACAUUGCUGGGGGACAUCAUCAUGCUGUUACAUUUAACUGUCUCUGUGUCUUCAACGGCACUGUUACACUCCCUGUGAGUACUGAAUAAAA